GCAGCAGACCGCACUCAGUCCACCACCAGCAGUCACAGGGGGAAGAUGACGCUCCUCAAGAUCCUCACGGCGGCCCAGCUGCUGCUCAUCGUCUUGGUUACAGCGGAGAGAGAUGGCAGGAUGUUUAAUAGAGAUUUCACCAGGAACAAGGAUAAUCUCCAUUGGGAAGGACAGUUGCGUAUGAGUAGCCUGCAGGACGCUAUGGACCAACUCUCCUCCACUCUUGACACGGCCCUUGGCAGCCUCUCAGACAGGAUUGAGCAACAGGUGGAGGGUUCACUGCCACUGUGGAUGAGGAACAAGAACAAGGCUGGAGGGGCUAUGGGUUCUAUGCCAGAUGACUUGGGCAUUGAGGCCAUUUCCGGCAACCUAGGAGACGGCAUCGACGAUGGACUGGAGGUUCAAUUUGAGGGCGACGGGGAACCCCUGGCUGGUUCAAGGUUUGAUGAGACGUCUGGGAGCCCAGGGUCACACUCAGAGGUGACUGGGGUGGAUCAGAGCCAGAGUCCUGACUAUGCCCCAGGUUUCACCUUCAACCCAUUCUUCCCCUUCGGAGCCAUGGGCAGACGACCUGGAUUCAACAUCUUCAAUGGCAUGAGCGGACGUCGUGUCUGGUGGAAGGGACCCAAUGUGUGUGUGGACAGAGAAGAAAUUGAUGAAGGCAAGGAUCUGGAUGCUGAUGGUACGAGCAUCUCUGGAGCCACUGGCUCCUCGUUCAUCUUUGCCAUGGGUAGUAUGGAGGUGACUUCAUGCAGUGAGACAAGGGACAAGUACACCUGCACCUCCAAGAGCUCGAGUCGUGGGCUGCACAAGACGGUGGUUGUGACGUACCGCUGUUGCCAUGGAUAUAUCAAGGAAGACUCAGAAUGUUCAAAGGUUGAGUUGCUUGACCUGCCCGAGACAUUGCAGAAAAUAGAAGCAACAGACUUCCUCUCUCUCAUUAAAACUGUAGGCGCUGGAGAGAUUCUCAAAGAUAAUGUCACACUCUUCGUUCCAACCAAUGAAGCUAUGCAGGAAUAUACUGCUGACUUGGAGGCAGAGAAUGAGUUGGACAAUGCUUUAGAAGGAGAUCGUUCUUUAAAUGAGGUGUUUUAUCGGCGACGUCGCUCCACUAAUACCCAGUCUCUCAUUCUUUCCCACGUGACUAAAGGCAUAUUUUAUGGUAGUGACCUUCAUGAUGAACAGGUCCUCAACAGCUUAGCUAACAACUCCACUCUCAGGAUAAACACGUACAGCACCAACCCACCAGCUGCCACCGUCAAUUGUGCCAGACUUGUCAAACUUAACCAGUACUCCAGUAGUGGCGUCGUUCAUACCAUCGAUAGAGUAUUGGAGCCUGUUACCAAGAGUUUGGCUGAUCUUAUCACCUCUGAUCCUCAGUUCUCUGUUUUGAAGCGACUGGUAAGCCAGGCUGGCUUGUUGAGUCAGCUGAGAGAACCAGGACAGUUGACAGUUUUUGCACCCACUGAUGAUGCCUUCAAUUCCCUUGCUGAGCCCGUUUUGGAGGCUCUGAUUGAUGGCAGUGCUUGCCUUGAAGCUGUGGUGAAGAACCACAUCUUGCCCAAUGUGAUCUGCUCUGCUGCCAUACAGGGCAAGGCUCGCACGGUAAACUUGCUCGAGAACUAUCUUCUCUUGGAGAAAACCGAAGAUGACAAAAUCUUUGUGGAGGAUGCACAGGUUGUUGUCAGGGACGUUGUCGGUACCAAUGGUGUCCUUCACAUUAUUGAUAGUCCGCUCAUGCCGCAGGAAGCUAAACCAGUGACAGAAGUUCUAGAGGGCCAUAAUCUUACCAGCUUCUUAGAUCUACUUGAAGCAGCUGGAAUGAUUGAUGAGCUUGCAAGUAUGACGGAUGUUACUGUCUUUGCUCCAAGUAACAGGGCUAUUGAUGAGCUGCCAGAAGAUGUCCUAAAUAAUCUUAAGAAUGAUCCCAGUAAGCUGAGGGAAAUUCUUCUGUACCACAUGGCUACACCUUCACUUCAAGCUAAUGACAUUGCAAAUGAUCAUAUAGCUACUACCCGAGCUGACCAUCCUCUCAGGAUCAAUCUCUACUCUAGAUCACCAAUUUUGUCUGGCGUCUUGGGAACAAAUGGACGUCGCCAUGUUCGUUUGACAGCUGGGUGUAGUCGAGUCUCGGUGCUGGAUUCCCGAGCUUGUGGGGCAGUGGUUCACAUUGUAGAAAAAAUGCUGAAAAUGCCAAAGACCAGUGUGAUGCAACAUUUGGAGGAGGAGGAGAACUUUUCCAUCUUUACAAAGAUGUUGCAGAAUACUGGCCUUAAUGAAACAUUAAGUGAAGAGGGACCAUUUACUGUACUUGCUCCUACUGACCAUGUCUUCAGAACACUUCCUGAUAUGGAACUAAAGCAGAUUUUAGAAGAUGUGGACCUCCAGAAACUCCUUAUCAAACAACAUGUCCUCAAAGAGCAUGUGUGUUGUGCUGGCAUCAACCCCAGCACUUGGCUCUUCAUGGACCACAAGAGGCCAAUGGAAGGAACUCCAAUUCAUGUUCGUCGUACAAGCUCUGGUCGCCUCAUGGCGGGGUCUGCUCGCAUCACUCAUUGCUCUGCUCCUACAUUGAAUGGCCUCGUCCACACAGUCAAUCAUCUUCUUGUAAAUGUUCACCCUCGCCAACAAGUAAAUACUCAAGUUCGUACUAACAGGCCCAUUUUUUCUGCUCCUGGGUUUGAAAUUUUGUUUGGCUAAUGGAAAACUUUAUGACAUUGGGAGUUUGUAACAGAGGGUGGUGAAAAGCAAUUUGAGAUCCUUCAGUUAUAGCAUAUAGUUUGUUAUCAUCAUGCUAUAUACCUGUUUGUAGAUCAAGUUAGUUAUUUGUUGACUUUAGAUACAUACAGUAAUAGCAUAUCUCUGGUAGGGUAAACCUACUUUCCAGCUUAUCAUAUAUAAUAUUUAUGAACACAUCUAAUCACACUAGAUUAUAAGAUUUGAAGGAUACUUUUAGUGCAACGUUAUAUCAAAACAAUUGCUGAUAUGCUUGACUGGAAUGAAUAUUCUGUGUAUCAGUGAUUAGCCGUUAUUUAAUGUACCGUAAAUGUCUUUUUUUUUUCUUCUUUUUUUUUAUGUACAGUAUAUGACGUUUCCAAGUUUUGACAUUCCUAAAUCUCCCUUUUCAACCAGCAAGUAAACAAGUGUUUAUCAAUAGCUUUACAAUUUUGUUUAUGCUUGUGAAUACAAACACCCUCCCCUAAGUAAAAUAAAGUUAACAGAAAAUUCACAAAAUAUAUAUAUUAUUAAAUCUUUUGUCUCAAAACUUUAAUUUGAUUAGUCUUACUACUGUAUCUUGAAUAUAGAAAAUAAAAUGUUAACAUUAUUAUCAGUAUUAAUAUAUUUUAAUCUGGAGAACCUAUAUUAGUUCUCUUCUUUUUUGUUUUUGUUUUGUUUUUAUCUUCAACAUGCUAUGCAGAUAAACUGUCUUGGCUGUUGUACCAUUUUGGGGAGUACACCUUGCAUUAUAGUUGACAUAUUAGCUUAUUUAUUUAUCUACUAAUUUACCAUGGCUUCACAGGAUUUUUACACAAAAUCCUGUGGUGUAUAGUUAUAAGUACAGUACCAUAUGUUGAGAAAUAUGUAUUGCAUCAUAAUAAAUUUUACUACAUA